CCUCUCUCUCCUCUCUCACUGCACUUUUUUCUAUUAUCUAGAGCUGAAUUUCCUCUUUUCAUACCCUCCUCCAUUCUUGGAAAUGUCGACAAAACGAACGCCGUCCGUCGGGCAAUAUUCCUAUAGCCGGAAUGAGCAGCGUCGGCAUGACCGCGUCGUCGUCCUCGUCGUCCUUCACAGAAGCACCGUGCAACCCCAGCCAGCAGCCACCACCAUUCCACCAGGCUGAAAGCAUGAACAUGACGCCGUUCAUGACAAACGCAAACUACCGCAUUAUCUCGCCUGUGAUGCCAGGGCUCCCUGCGUGGAUGUCGCCCACAUCAGUGUCUCGCACGUAUUUCCCUGCCACGCUGGCGAAAGACGUAGAGGCAGAGGAGGACAUGGGCAUGUGCGGCGGGUACGAUGGCGUGGUGGACGGACAGGGAUUGCGUACCGAGUAUGACGUGUUGCCUUACGAGAUCCACGCAUGGUCGAGCCAUUCGGCCAAUUUCCUGCCACAUAACAUUCAGGUGGAUCGACCGCACGACCAGGCGUCGAGGUGGUCGACCAAUGCCAACAACCACCGGCAAUACAUCACGCUGCGGACUCGAGCAUCCAGCGCUUGUCACCUCUGCUCUUGGGCUCUUCUAGGAUCGAUAAAAUUCGGCAAGUUCCACAAGACCCAUGUAUGCAACCUCAAGGAGUUCAAGGUCUUUGGCGGCAUGAACCAGGACACCAUGACCGAGCUGCUCUACAGCGGACUACGCAACGACAACGAGCCCGAGACAAUAUCGGUCAAGCAGAGGCUUAGUGGAUAUUACAUUCCGUGCCAGUACAUCAAGAUCCAGCCGUUGCUAGCACACGACCAAAAGUUCAACUUCAGUGUUUGGUACGUGGAGUUGCGCGGAACCAUGGAUCCUCAGAUUAUGCAGCCCAUCAUCCGUGACUUUGAGCAGCUAAAGGAGCGCGAGGUGGUCAGAUCGUGCCUCAAGUUCUUCCGCGAACGCAACUACACCGACGCCUUCAAGGCCCUGCAGCAGCAGUCAAACGUGCAGUUUGAGACUCCGCUUCUGACACAGCUGCACGAGGCCCUGGUUGACAAAGCCGACUAUGAUCGUGCUGAGCAGCUUCUCCAGCGCGCUGAGCAGUCAGGCAUCUUUGGCACCUGCAUUGCCAAGAUUCCGUACCGGGCCAAGUGGGGUACGGCCGCGGAUCCGGAGCUGUAUCCAUGCCCAUCGCCGCGCGGCGGCCACCAGAUGUGCGUGGACUCCGAGAACCGCGAAGCAUAUCUGUACGGCGGGUGGGAUGGCGCCAACAACAUGGGCGAUCUGUGGGUGUUCAAGAUGGACACAGGCCGGUGGACGUGCAUCAGCAGCAACACGCGGGACCAUGGCGGACCUGGCCCAUGCUCGUGCCACUCGAUGUGCUUUGACAGCGUCACAAAGUGCCUCUACAUCAUGGGGCGCUACGUCGAGCACGAGCACCGAGCCAACAUCGGCCUGGAAAACGACCUGUACUGCUAUGACACAAUCCGUGACGAAACACAGGAGGUCCUUGGCGGGCCCAAGCUGGUGUUUGAUGCGCAGAUGGUGUUCGAUCCGCGGUUCUCGAGCAUCUACGUGUACGGCGGUAAGGUCCUGCAGCCAAACAACAGCGACACUGACUAUGUGUAUAGCGGACUGUACAAGUUUGAUCUGCGCCGGCAUGCCUGGACCAUGCUCAAACCCGACGCCCACAUGCAUGACAAGGACCAGCAUGUGCGUGGCAGGUACUUCCACUCGAUGACGAUUGAUCCGCAGCUGCAGCGCCUGUAUGUCGUGUCCAGCAAGCGCGACGUGGCGACGCCCGGCGAUCUGUUCAUCUACGAUAUUGCCAGCAACACGUUCUACGAACGCACUCAGGACCUGAUGGCCACAUGGGGCACGAGGCAGCCAGCAACGCAGCAGCGGUACCUCGCCGAACACCCGCACUAUACCACGGGAAUGGAGCCGCAGCGUACGGCGCUGAUGGCGCCCGAGGCCAGCGAGAUCCACCCGCACCACGUCCACCUGGUGCAGGACGGCCGCUCGGUCAUGACCACUCUGGACACUGAGCGUCAGGAGCUCUACGUGAUGGCGUCGGUGCAAAACGAGAGCAGCAGUGCGCUGCCCUUGCAGUCGAUGAUGUCGAUGCGCAGCCGCGACGUCAUGGGGACAGCGGAGCUGCAUGCUGCCCAGGGCGCCUAUGCGUCGUACUCGUCGGGCGCCGGCUUCCUGCCAUGCUCCAGCAUCAUGGACUCGGGCGUGCGGUACACUGUGUCGCCGACAAUGUCGACCAUGCGCCCCAAAUCUAGCCGCAGAGAUAACCAGCGCAAGGCUGUCGAGGAGUGCGUCCUGAUGGUCGUGCUAUGCUAUCAUAUCCCUACAGAGACGUGGACAGAGGUGUACCAUUCGGCACGCAGCCCUGCAGCACUCGGAAUGGCUCCCGGCUCAUACCCGUCGGCACGGUUUGCCCAAGACUGGGUAUAUGACCGGCAGACACGCAAGCACUUCAUGUUUGGCGGCAACCCGAACUGGCCAACCAACAAGAGCGCCCGCUUCAACGAUACAUGGGAGAUGAGCAUGAUGAGACCCAGCCCCCAGGACAUUCUGCGCCGUGCCCUCUACCUGGUACGCCAGCGUCGCUACCUUGACAUGUGUGCAGGCUUGGCAAGCCAGCGCCAGCCCAACUGUGUGGACGAGAUCAAGGCGUCGGCCAUCCCAAGCCCGAAUCUGAUGGACGAGAAGCCAGAGCCAAUCCCUGGCCUUGGAAUGACUGUUUCUGGUCCGCCCACUGCAUCGACAUCAAAGGGAGGCACAGCCCAGGCGCUGGCAUAUCUGCAGCAGUGCGUUUCGCCGCUGGUAAACCACUCGGAUCCCAGCGAGAGUCACUCAUUCCGCGCACUGAGCACGGCGCUGUUCCAGAUCUCAGCGAACCAGAGUGUGGUCAAGCCGGCGCCCUCACACGAGCUGCUGCGCAAAGAAAGGGCUGAUGUCUACAAUGCACUGCUGUUCUACUUCCCAGAGAGUGGGCGGCAGCCAGACUCGCAGCUAGAUGAGCUGGUCCCGAUGGUCCUAGACUGAAGCCCGUUAUAGUCAUAAUUUAAAAAAAAAAAGACUGCUCUACCUUUUAUUAAGAACUCUCUACAUCCUCAU